GGUAGAACAGAAUGGUAACUUUAGAAUAUCGGCAAAAUAGGGAUCUGUAUAUAGUGACGAGUAGUUCUUUCAAUUGCCAAUAGAGCGUGUUUCUUGUCUCUCGGGAACGAACAAAAGUGGAAGUUCUAGACAAUAAAUAUUUUUAGUCGAAAUGUCAAAAGUACGAUAACGUUUGUUUGAUUUGUUGUCGAAAUUUGACAAAGCCAGUGGAGUAGCACGUGCAAUCAACGCGUAAUUAUGAGUGAACAGGACAAUUCUGUUGUGAUCGUCAAGGCGAAGCCAGUUAGAAAAGUAUUCAAGGCACCAGUAAAGGUGAAUAAAAUUCCGCAAGAAUUGUUAAACGAUCCAUUGUUAAACGCAGCUAUUGCAGUUCUACCUGAGAACUACAAUUUUGAGAUACAUAAAACCAUAUGGCGAAUCAAGGAAAUCAAAGCAAAACGCGUGGCUCUUCAGAUGCCCGAAGGGCUCUUGAUGUACUCUACGACUAUUGCUGACAUCAUCGAGGAAUUUACCACUGCUGAAACUGUUAUCAUGGGGGAUGUCGCUUAUGGUGCAUGUUGUAUCGACGAUUAUGUGGCACACGCGUUAAAUGUUGAUCUCUUGAUCCAUUACGGACAUUCGUGCCUAGUGCCCAUUGACCGAACUGCUGAAAUAAAAGUGUUGUAUAUAUUUGUUGAUAUAAAGAUCGAUGCAGCUCAUUGCAUAGAGUGCUUAAAAGCCACGCUGCCUAUUACAACAAGGGUGGCACUUGUAAGUACGAUACAGUUCGCCGGUACUUUGCAAGCGAUUGCAGCCGAGAUGAGAAAAAUUGGUUAUGAAACUACAGUGCCUCAAAGUAAACCCUUAAGUCCUGGUGAGAUUUUAGGAUGUACGGCUCCACAAAUUCGUUGUGCAGACGCUCUGGUUUAUUUAGGAGACGGUCGUUUCCACCUUGAAGCAGCUAUGAUAGCGAAUCCUGAUCUACGAGCCUUCCGGUAUGAUCCAUAUGAGAAAAAGUUAACCGAAGAGUUCUAUGAUCAUCCGGUAAUGAGGGCAACCCGAAAAUCUGCUAUAGAAAUAGCCAAGAAUGCCAAAAAGUUUGGGUUGGUCCUGGGAACAUUGGGGAGACAAGGGAAUCCUAACGUUUUGCAAAACCUGCACAACAGGAUAAAAAAUCUAGGAAAGGAUGACGUUUUCAUCCUGAUAUCUGAAAUCUUUCCUGACAAAAUGAAUCUCUUUCGUAACGUGGAUGCAUUCAUACAGAUAGCGUGUCCAAGACUAAGCAUAGAUUGGGGAACUGCCUUUGAGAAGCCUUUAUUAACUCCGUACGAAGGUGCCGUAGCUUUAAAGUUAGCAGAAUUGGAUGAAGAGAAGCCAUACCCCAUGGACUUCUAUGCUUCGGCCAGUCUCGGACCUUGGACACCGAAUCAUAAGCCAUCGGAACUAGAAAAGCAGGCAGAUGCUUGUUGUGGCAAAUGCCGUAAGGAGAAAUAAAAAGUGAUCCCGUCGUCAUCGUUUGACCGUUGUGCAAUGAAAAACAAGGAACGCGAAGCGGUCAGAAUUUGUUCGACGAGCCAAAUCUCUCGGAGUUAAAUAUAGGAAAGCUUCGCGACUUUAAACCGUCGUUUACAUUGAGUGACGACGGACAUGACAGUUCCUGCUCGGACUAUAUUUAUAAAUACUGUACAAUGUAUAAUACAAUUAAUGAUCAGCCCUAAAUGCUUCAGCAUUCCUAAUUCCGUCUUUAAAGAGAGUGACUCAUCAGGUUCCAGAAUCGCGAGAAAGAUUUCAGAGCACCGUAGCGAGUUUUUUUCCUAUCGAAGGUCGAGGGUCGCCGAUUAUUGGCGAUAUAAACGUUUAUUAAUAUGCUUGGAUCGUCGAAUCGAAGGAUGCGAAGUAAUUCUUGCGAUUUCUUCU